AUGGCGUCGCGAGUCAGCUCGCGUCAAUCGACGUUCUCGUCGAAUUACUCGCACAACGACGAGCCCGACGAAAAGAAAGAGAAAAAAAGAUGGAGUCCGCGCCAGAUGGUUAAGAAUAUAUGGUCGAAGUUGGAUCUAGACGGGCGGACGGCCAUUCUGAUGAUGAAAGGGGCUCUUCCACCCACAAUUUCCAUAGCCAUCUGUCAAGCCGAUCCUGUUGCAUCCCGAUUUAGCACCAUCGGCUACCUGAUCGGGAUCAUUUCCGUUCUCGGAUUCGCUAUCAUGCCCAGGGCCAAGUUUAUCCAGAUGAUGAUCUUGGACGUGCUCGCGGUAUGCAUCGCGACGGCCUUCGCUCUGCUCAUGAUGUUUUGUAGCGUGAGAGCGCGGCAGCACACACAAUCUGCUGCAGAUGCGGCGUCUAUUUCGAGUUCAAAUCCGAUUGCCAACGAGUACAAUUCAUCCGCGUCCGCGGUGAGCGGGGUGUUGUUGUUCUUCCAGCUCUUCCUUGUCCACUCUUUCCGCGCGCACUAUCAGCAGUUCCAAUUCCCUGCAAUCAUAUAUUCAAUCAUUGCCAAUAUCACUGCGUCCUACGCCCCUCGAUUGCCGACCAUGGCGGCUGGUAUCGCUCUGGUGAGGAAUCUCCUCGAGGCGUCUUUGAUUGGUUUGGCCAUCACUACGGGCGUUUCCUUGUUGAUCUACCCCAUCACCUCAAGGCAGAUCGUCUUGAAGCAAAUGGCAAGCUAUAUUGGAAACCUCCGCGUGGCCCUCAAGGCGCAUUCGACUUACUUCGAAACCCUGGAGCAUGAUGACAUGUUUGGUCGGACCGAGACCUAUGAUGAAACCGUUGAAAAAGUUACCAAGAAGGGUAAAGUCUACAGCCCCGAGGCACAGGCAAUUCGAACGGCAAUCCACAAAAUUACUGACCUGCAUGGUAAAUUGCACGCGGAUUUGACCUUCGCCAAGCGGGAAUUCGCCAUUGGAAAACUGGGUCCCGACGAUCUCCAGGAUAUCUUUAGACAUCUGCGCCAGGUCAUGAUUCCCGUGGUUGGUCUCAGCUUUACUGUCGAUAUCUUCCAGCGUCUUUCGGAGUACAACCGCUGGAACGAACCGAUUGAUCCGACGAUGGCUGAAAUACCUGACAUCGUACGUAGUCGUGUUGUUCACGCAUGGAACGAGAUCAUGAGAGCGGUGCAUGAUCCCUUUGCGUCUAUUAUCGAGACUAUCGAUGGCGGUCUUGAACACAUCUCCUUAUCCUUGUGCUUGACCAAGCCGACCAAAAACCCAGCAGAGAAGCAGAAUGCGUCCCAGGAUGGUGUUGAUGAUAUAGAAGCCUCUGCGGAGGCGCCCCCCUCUCCCGGGGAGGAGGAGUACGCAGCUUAUUAUGAAAAGAAGCUCAACGAUUUUAGGGUAGCAAAACGGCUCGCCCUGAGGGCAUGGAGCGAAGAGAAGGGCAUCAAGUUGCCUCCUGACUUUUUUGAGCGUCCGCCCUCUGAGUUGCCAGAUCUGGAUGAUGUCCUUCUUGACCGAUCGGCCGUCGGUCGAGACCGAAGUCGACGGCAACUCUAUCUUUUCCUCUAUAUGGAGCAGCUACUGUAUUCAACUGGCCAUACGGUGCUCGAUUUCAUUCAAUUCGCUGACGUAAAAGUGAAGAGCGGCAAGCUAUCGAAUUCGCGCCUAAUUAUCCCAGGUGCUAAACGCAUAUUGAAGUGGAUGCGAAGCGUGCUUCAAGCUGGAGACAGUCAUGAAGAUGAUCACCUGGGCGACAUUCACACAGAGAACCAUGUUCUCCAGCUUGGCGAAGCGUACAGGCACAGGAAGGAUCCCGAGCAUUUGCCCCCAGAAACUGUGUUUCAGAAAAUCGGCGACAAAAUCAGGGUGAUCCCUUGGCUGCUACGCAAGCAAGAGUCGUCCUAUGGCUUCCGCGUGGCUUGUGCUACUAUGACCAUCUAUAUCGUUGCGUUACUGCAUGAUACCCAAACCUUUUUCAUUCAGCAGCGUUUAGUCUGGGCUAUGAUCAUGGUCAACAUCAGCAUGUCCCCAACGUCAGGGCAAAGCAUUUUUGGCUUUGUGCUUCGUCUGAUCGGCACUGUAAUCGCCAUGGUUCUGAGCUUUCUAGCCUGGUACAUCCCUGGCGAAAAGACACCCGGGGUGAUCGUCUUUGUUUGGGUGUUCAUCUCCUGUGCCUUUUAUGUUCCUAUCAAGUUGUUCCGUUUUCGUGUCAUCGGGAUCAUCACUAUUAUCACCACGACCAUGAUUGUUGGCUAUGAACUUCAGGUGCGCAAGGUAGGGCAGCAGGUCGCGACGUCAAACGGCCAGAACUACUACCCUAUCUACCUUCUUGCCCCAUAUCGACUGGCAACAGUGGCUGGAGGUAUUGCAGUUGCCUUUUUCUGGACCUUCUUUCCGUUUCCAAUCUCAGAGCAUAGCGUGCUUCGCCAGAAUCUGGGUGCCUCGCUUUAUUUACUGGCCAAUUACUAUUCGAUUAUCCACGAAACUGUGUCUGCACGCUUACGGGGCGACGAAGGCGACUUGGCCUUGAAGACCUCAGCGGGACGAAGACUGCAGAAAGCGCGCGGCAAGGUAUUUUCCAAGCAGAUGUUGAUGUUGAAUGGCUUGCGGACCUUUGCGGAAUUUCAAAGAUGGGAGGUCCCUGUUGGCGGCAAAUUUCCCAAGAAGCGAUACGAUGCUAUUAUCUCAUCCAUUGAGAACAUCGUGAGCUAUCUCAGUCUGCUAGGCUAUGCCUCGGACACACUCUUACAGCUGAGCGAUAAUCCUAGUUCAAUGGAUUCGGUUUGGCUUAAUGAUUUCAAGAGACUGGUGUCCAGUGCGCGUGUCACAACUCACGAAGUCACGUCUGUUUUGUGUCUCCUCUCGGCGAGCAUCACGAAUCGACAGCCGCUACCGCCGUACCUUAAGACUCCACGGCCGUACAGCUUCACCAAGAGACUGGAAGCGCUGGAUAAGGACAUCCUCAGCAUCAAGCAUAUCGCGGAGCCUGGCUUUGCCACAUUCUCUGUACUGCAGAUUUCGACCAGGUGUAUUGUUGGGGACGUGGAAAGACUGAUGAGGUUGCAAAUGGGUGCGGAAUCCAUUUACACCGACUAUACCGACGACUCCUCCAGAUAUUACUACAAGCCACGAAGGGAUUUUCACAGUUUCGAUGGAGAUACGCUCUCGUUCGCGGAGACAGUCGACCUGUCCGUCACCGAGUGCAAUCAUGAGGGCAUGGAAUGGAAGCCGCUAGUCAAGGACUGGCUUGUUCUGACCUGCGUAUCGAUCCUGACACUGAUGGAGGCGUUUGAUACAACAAUGGUGAUUCCAAUCAUACCGGGCCUAUCCAGUGCCCUUGAAGAGCCGCUCGGAAGCGCCCUAUGGCUCAGCACAUCCUACCUCCUCGCCAGCACAGCCGGACAGGCAUUCUCCUCUAUGCUGGCGGAGAUCAUCGGCCACGGACCUCUUCUCCUCGCGGCUGUCGUGCUCUCCACUAUUGGAACGGGGGUAUGUGGCGGCGCACUGCAAUUGCCCGAGCUGGUCGCUGGUCGGUUUAUCCAGGGGAUCGGUGGAGGAGGCGUAACGUCCAUCUCUCUUCUUUGUUUGGCGGAGAACAUACCCGAUAGACACCUAUUCCGGUUCUCGGGAUAUGUUGCCCAGAUGCGUCUGGUAGGAACCGUUCUCGGUCCGGUGAUGGGCAGUCUGAUAUCUGAGUACAUUGCGUGGCGGGGGGCUUUCUACUCGAGCUUCGUCUGUUGCGCGCUGGGUAUGCUUGUGAUACCCUUUGCAGUUGAUCUGAGGGGCCGCAGGGGAACCUCGCCACGCAAACUCCUGGAGAUGGACUGGUUGGGCGCAGUUUUGACGCUUCUUGGGACUGGAUGUCUGCUGAUAGGUAUUAGCUGGGGCGGGACAAGUUACCCCUGGAAUGACUGGCAGGUCUUGACGCCUCUGACGCUCGGGGUCUCUGCGAUUGUGAUCCUGGGGCUCCAUGAGGUGUAUGUGGCUACUCAACCGUUUUACGUUAUGAGGGAAUUUAGGAAUCUCCCAAUCCUGAUGAUAUACACAGGCAGCUUCCUGCAUGGUUUCACAAUACUCUACCAGUUCCAGAACCUAACAACAUAUUUCAUCUUCGUCCGACUCCUCCCCCCAAGCCUGACAGGGCUCAGUCUCAUCUGCAUGCCCGCCCUCGCUCUUCCCACCUUCAUCUUGAUAGGAAAGCUCCGGAUUCUCGACCGGUGCAACCUCUUGCCCUGGAUCGUGCGGAUCGGAUGGACGCUCAUCACGCUCACCACAGGAUGCCUGGUAGUCCUGACCCCCGCAACCCCAACCGCAAACUGGGUGUCCAUCCUCAUCGCCGCGGGAAUUGGCCAUGGCUCUCUGAUCGCGGGAUACCACUUCUGCCUCCCUCCAGCACCGGUUUCCCGGGAGUAUGACGACGAUCAGGAGGAACGGAGCGUCAACCCUACUUCCGCUCUGCUGAUGUGCUCUCUUUUCCGCACACUGGGGAUGUGUAUUGCGACGACUGUCAGCGGGGCUAUAUUCCUUAACCACAUGUCGGCAGAGCUGAAGGGACGAUUCCUGGGGGGCGGUGGUGCAUCUCUUGCUCCAGGGCAAGGGGGUGUGCUUGACAGCGCCUGUACGGCGAGUCUUCAGUUCCUUUGGUUGGUGCUAACGGGGGUAGCGAGUCUGGGGGGUGUUUCUUCGUUGUUUAUCCGCGCUACGAGAUGA